UGUACUCUCUGUACUCUCUGUACUCUCUGUACUCUCUGUACUCUCUGUACUCUCUGUACUCUCUGUACUCUCUGUACUCUCUGUACUCUCUAUACUCUCAACUCUACUACUUCGACUGUCCUCUGCUUUCCCCAUAUUCUGGUUCCCAGAUUCCAACUACCGGAUACCACGUUCUUCCUCAUUCCCGAGUUCCAUCCCUUCGGUUCUUAAGGAUAUAUUCUCCUCGCAAUAUUCUCUCAAUAUCUUCUUCUUGAUACUUCUACUCAAUUGCGUCUUCCUCAAUCAUCGCCUUCCUUUUAUUGUCCUCUUUGGUGGUUCACUCCCGUGUGCUCGUCAUCGAACUGUCCCACUCUAUCUACCGCCUAUCCUUCUGAGCGAUGCUUACCUGGUUUCGUCCGCUUUGCUCCUCUUCGCCUCACCUCCUUUAAUUUAAUUCCAACAUUAUCCCUCGAUAAGAACCGAAUUCUUCCUUGGCUCGCUCGACUCGAGAUCUUGCGAUCUUUUUCAUUACACCUCUUGUUCCCUUCUCCCCAUCCCUACUUGCCACUUCAACACCGACCAUCCACCAUGGCUACUCAUGUCGUCACCGCUACUACUACCUCUCCCACCCCUUCCGGCAACCAAUUCUCCGUCUACGGCCAACCUUCCCCUGUGAAUUCGGCCACCGCCACUCCCUCCAACAACUCACCGACGUCUCCGCGGCAACAAUAUCUCCCGCUCAAUAACCGUCAAUUGCGCCCGCCCAAGGCCCCCUUGUAUGUUCCCGCGGCCUUGCGCCCGACAGAGCGCCCGCAGAAGCAUUCACCCCCAACACCUCCACGCAGUGUCCAUGGCUCCCUUGACAGCUUGAACGAUGGAGAGGAGCAGACUGUCAGUAGCCGCCGCUCCACCAUGGACAGCACCACCAGCGGAGGAGUGAGUAGACUGGCUGAGAACGAGUGGAUGCGACAUGAACAUCUGGGCCAGGUGACCGGUCUUCCCACGCGGGAUCAUUGGAAGGCUGAUGCAGCUUCCCCCAACUGCGACUCCCCCACCUGCCGCUCCUCCUUUGGAAUCUUCCUUCGCCGGCAUCACUGCCGCCACUGUGGGCAUGUCUUUUGCUCCUCCCACACCCCCUUUCACGUCCCCCUCGACCAGUCCGCCCGCUUCCACCCCGACGGGGUGCCGUCGCGGGCAUGCGACCUUUGUUGGCACGCCUUCCAGCGCUGGGAAGAGUCUCGCUCCGACCGCCUGAAUAAGAUUCAAGGCGCGAUUGACGAGCAGUCCUCCAGCUCUGGCUCCGACCGUGACCCCUCCGAGACUCAGGAAUCCUCGCCGGUCGAGGGCCCUCGAGCCAAACUGGCCGCGAUGCUGGGACCCAAUCCCAACGAGAUGGCCGCAAGCGUUCCGCGCGGCUGGAACUGGAGUACCUUUUAAUUUGCCUUACGAACCCCACGCCUGAUUUACCUCUUACGAUACGAUACCACGUCCGCCGUUCCAUUGGACAUUGCGCUCGCUGCGGACUUACUUUUCUACCCACGCCCGUUCUAGAAUAACACUCGCCUUUUUUCUCUUUCUCGACUUGAUGCCUCUUUUUUUUUUUCCUUCGUUCAGUGAUUCCGUGUUGGAGCCCUGUCUUGUUUGCUUGACUGUUUUGGAGUGCUACCAUUUUUUUUUUUUUUCUCUACACGGGUCACUCCCAACCCACUAAUGUCAUCACGCGAUCGUCAUAGAGACGGGGGGAUAUUUCUUUCGUUGCUUUUCCUUGAUACUCAGGAUACCCCGUCAUUUUCUCUUCAUCGUUCGGCGAUCUUCUGCCAUUUCGAGCCUUCGUUUCUGCUGUUUUUUU